AAGCUUCGAAGAAUUCAGGGACAUAGAACCACCUCGAUCUCCGACAUCUCCGCCGCCGAUCAAGUUGAUAAAUCGCCACCAGCUAGAGAAGAUGCGGAUGAGCUGCAACGGUUGCCGGGUGCUGCGCAAGGGGUGUAGCGACGGGUGCACCAUCCGCCCGUGCCUGGAGUGGAUCAAGAGCCCCGACGCGCAGGCCAACGCCACCGUCUUCCUCGCCAAGUUCUACGGCCGCGCGGGGCUGCUCAACCUCCUCGCCGCCGGCUCCGACACCCUCCGCCCGGCCCUCUUCCGCUCGCUGCUCUACGAGGCCUGCGGCCGGAUGGUCAACCCGAUCUACGGCUCCGUCGGCCUGCUCUGGUCGGGCCAGUGGGAGGCGUGCCAGGCCGCCGUCGAGGCCGUGCUCAAGGGGAACCGCAUCGUCCAGGUGUCGUCCGAGGCCGUCGCCGCCGCGCAGGCCACCCCGCCUCUCGGUCUCAGGGCGUACGACAUCCGCCAUGUCGCCAAGGACACUGCCGACCCUCUCCGUGUCUCGCGCGCUGGGCGCACCCGGUUCAAGCGCGCGUCGUCGUCCACGGCCAAAUCCAAGAGCUCUGGUGCUAAUCGCCAUGAUGACUGCCUCGACCACGCGCCGACCCACGAGGAGUCGGCCGGCAGCCACGACCACGGCGGCCACGUUGACGACGACGGCAUGGCGGCAGUCGAUCAGGCGCUGGAAGAGUCGGAGGACACCGAGAUUGAAGCGGGCUCGCACUCGCACUCCCACGUGAGCCAGGCAGAGCGGAGCCCUUUGCCACCGGUGCGGCAGGUUGCCCAGAAUGAUUCACAAGAUGACGACAUUGAGCUGGAGCUGACGCUCGGGUUAGAGCCGGUCACGCGCGUGGCGAGGUCGCCGCCGGCACGCUCUGACUUCAGCAGCUUCAGCGCGGGGUCCUGCCACAUCGGCCUGCGGCUUGAGCUGUCCGCGUGAGAGACUGCCGGCAACAUUGGUAGAAGACAGUUUUGCGAACGUGUAGUCUCUUGGGCUCUUCCUUCGCCUAGUUUUUUCUUUCUUUUGUGUAAGAGCGUCUCUAAAAGACUCUUAAAAGUGGUUGCUAAACCUUUAAAAUA